CGGCCCUUCCGGGCGGCCCGGGCCUGAACCUUCGCGGGGGCCAUGUCCGCGCCGCCGCCCCUGCAGAUCCGCGAGGCGAAUGCACACCUGGUGGCCGUGCACCGGCGCGUUGCGGAGCUGGAGGAGCGGCUGGACGCGGCGGAGCGCACGGUGCGCGCCCAGGCCGAGCGCCUGGCCCACCACGACCAGGAGCUGCGCGCCGCCCUGGACGAGCUGGGCUGCGCGAAGGACCGCGAGAUUGCGGCUCUCCAGGAGCAGCUGCUGACCUCCGAGGCCACUGUCCACAGCCUGCAGGCUGCCGUGCACCAGAGGGACAAGCUCAUCAGGCAGCUGCAGCCCCGGGCCGAGCUGCUGCAGGACAUAUGCCACUGGCGGCCACCUCUGGCUGGGCUGCUGGCAGCCCUGGCUAAGGCCGAGCGCCUGGGUCCCCCGCCAGCCAGUGACCCUGGACACCCACUCUCUGGCGAGCCCAGUUUACUCCUUGCCAACAGCACUGGGGAGGAGGAGGACAGGGACAACCUCCAGCCAGCACUGUUUGGGACCACCGUGUGAGCCCCAGAGCAGAGAUUCCAGAAUGGAGACAGAGGGCACCUGUGGAAACUCCCCACUGCUGUGGGUGUCCUGGGUGGGGGAAGGGUGCGCCAUCACUGUCCCGGAGCGAGCCCCCUGCAGAGCCAUAAUUCUUUCUAAGCUUCAGACCUGCUAAAAAGUCAGGUUUCCAGGGGGAAGCCUGCAGACCAAAUGAAAAAUGUUUAGCCCAGACAAUUUUUCUUUUAAACAAAACUUUGAACCAAUUAUCUUUGUUGAAAAAUUGGCGAUGUUUACACACCAAAAUCUGGAUACCCGGCUUCAGACUUGGCCAUGGCUGCCUGGAUCUGAAUCCAGAAUACCCUCUUUAGACAGAUUGUGACUUAGGAACCUCCUCAUCUCUCUUAGGGCAGAUGUCGGCCCCGAAGCAACUGGGUCUGAGACUUCUCUUUCCCUAGUACAGGCAGAUGACAUAAAGUUCCACAUUGUUAGACUUUUUCUUCCCUCUUCCCUUCCCCCCCACCCUGAUUUUUGUUCUUCCUGAAGACAAACAUCCUCCAUCCCAGACCAGGAUUAAGAGCCUCAAGCUUCAUGCGGUUUUGCAUUAGUUCUCUUGAAGACAAAUUUUUAAUCCUAGAUAGUCUUUUUCCCAACUCUGCCCUACCCUCAACCAUGAACCCAGAAGGCAGCGCAUGGGCAUGUGAGACGCUGGCAGCCGGGCUGCGCUGCCCGGGAAACUCAGGCAUCCCUUAAGCUUUUCUCGGUAGCGUGCCGCCUCAGCGCCGUCACACUGGCUGCUCCCUCUGCCCAGGCUGCGCUUCCCCCAGGUGUCAUAUGACUGGUAUCUUGCCAGUCAGGUCUGUGCUCAAAUGGCACCUCCUCAGAAAGACCUUCCAUGACGACCUAAAUUACCCCCCGCCCCUUCCUGACCAUAGCAUUUAUUUUUCUUUAGGGAACUUCUUACCAACAGAAUCUAAGCUCCACAAGGGCAGGGUGUUUGUCCUGUCGCCAGAGCCUGGUACGCCCCAAGACCCCAGUAGGUACAGGGUGGGUCUGAGGGCCCUGAAGGGAGUCGGAUCCCAGCCCUUCUAAUGAGCUCCUGCCCAGCCCCCACCAGUCCAGCUUUUGUAGUAAGCAGCUGGCUCCUUUUUUAUAGCGCCUAGAGAAUCUAUUUUUUUAACGCCUUUUUUCUACACCACCCUCCCUUGGCCUGAGACAUUCAGGGAGUUUUGCUUUCUAUCAAACCAGGGAACCCCAUGCCUUUCUUAGCCCAUUCAAGUGCCCAGCCUGAGCUGUUUCCCCUUACUCAGGAAAUUGUCACAGCAGGAACUGCCGUGGGGCAGGGCCCACUGCAGCCCGGAAAGGCUGGCGCCCAUCAGCAUCCUCAGGAUGGUGCUGGCUGCCUGCCUGGCAUCUAGCACUGACCCUUCCAUGUGUAACAAUAGCCCCAUUUUCUCUGAAUGAAUAAGAAAGCGGGGCUGUUUGUGUGAGCGAAGGCAGGCUGGGGCCUGUCUGAGCUCAAGAAUAAACAGGGUGAUUUGUCGGCGUUGGUCCUUCCUCCUUUCUUCCAGGUGUGGGGGCUGGGGAGGUGGCC